CGAACCCCUUCUUAUUUUGCCGGCAGAAAUACCCUGCACUUAGAUGUAAUCUUUGGUUCUUUCUGGAGGACAGAACUUACCAACAAAUCUCAGAUAUAAUUCUCGGGCGAGAUGCUUCUGUUGUCAACCCUGAAGCGCAGCGUAAUUGCAAAUUCUACCGGCGCUUUCCGCUAUAUUGUCCCUAACAGACAAUCCUCAUCAAAAAGGUGGCAAGCCCGUCAACUUAAAGAUCGAUUUACGCGUGAAGCAGCAGUGCAGGGACUGAAAAGUCGAGCGGCUUUCAAGCUUUUGCAGAUUGAUGAAAAGUACCGGAUAUUCAGGAGCGGCCAGACCGUUGUCGAUUUGGGCUAUGCUCCUGGUUCAUGGUCCCAGGUGGCGGUAGAUCGCACCCAGCCAAAUGGACGAGUUCUUGGUGUCGACAUAAUCCCGGCCCAACCUCCCAGAGGGGUGUCUACUAUACAGGGGAAUUUUCUUGCACCGGAAAUACAGGCAUAUAUUCAAGAGUUUUUACGAGACCCAAACAGAGGUCGGCCACACUAUCACAGGUCGUUACCAGACACCGCGAGCAAUGCGGUAAUCUCUCAAUCAAGCGUUAAAGAUUCAUCAGAAAAGACCACCCAGGUUUAUGAGGGCUCGAUAGCCUAUGAAAAAUUUGAAGGUGCUCACGAGAGCAAUUCGAAGAUAGAAACAACAGUGGAUGUGGUUUUAAGCGAUAUGUCUGCACCCUGGUAUCAAACAACUGGUUUCUGGAAGAGAAGUCUAAGUGACCCUCAUAAUAGGAUGAUGAACACGAGCGGUGUGACCUUCAAAGAUCAUGCUGGAAGCAUGGACCUCUGUCGCGCAGCACUACAAUUUAGCUUUAAUGCCCUCAGGACUGGUGGUCAUUUCGUUUGCAAGUUUUACCAAGGGGCAGAGGACAAAGCUCUUGAGAGACAGCUCAAAUGUCUGUUCCAUAGAGUUCACAGGCUUAAACCAGAUUCUUCACGUAAUGAAUCAAAGGAAGCAUAUUUCAUUGGCCUCGAAAGGAAACAAUACGCAUUGAAAGAUGCAGUAUUGUCACCGUGAGAACAACCUAUAACUAGAUGGUAAUGCGUUCAAUACUAUGUCUAU